CGGAGGAGACCGGGAGGUGGGGAGAGCGGGCGGCAAGCCUUGCGGGCACUGCCACGGAGCGCCGGCGCCUCCAGCAUGGAGUGGGAGCUUAACUUUCUGCUCUACCUGGCGCUCUUCUUCUUCUUGCUCUUCUUACUUUUCCUCCUGCUCUUCGUGGUCAUCAAGCAGCUGAAGAACUCCGUGGCCAGCACGGCCGGGGCGCUGCAGCCCGGGCGUCUCUCCGUGCACCGGGAGCCCUGGGGCUUCUCCCGCGAGCAGGCGGUGUGACCCGUAAGGCGCGAGCGCCCGCGGGAGGGCGCGGAGCUGCGCGGGCGCCGGCCUGGCUCUCAGCCUCGACUCCCCGACCGCCAGGUCCCAGGGCCAGGCCAGGUUUUAAACUCCGGCAGUUUCAUCUUUCAGAUGCUUUUUCCUCAAUUUAUGUCGUCUCGAGUUCUGGAGUCGAGCUGUUGCCCUGGGUGGGUGCACUGAAGGCCGCCACUGCAGUUACAGCCGGCAAGGAGCGCCCCUGCCCAGAGAGGACCCCAACCACCCGAGUUGGACAUUUUCUGCAAUGGGGUGCAGCUGGCAUCCAGAGGUUUAAACCUACCCUUACUCUUCUAGAGACAAGACUAGAGAACUCAGGGUUCCAAGAUGGUUGCUGCAGCUCCCCCAAGAAGUUGAAGGAAACUGAAAGGGAAAACAGGGCGCAUCAUUUUGAUUCUGCUUCCUCUUAAAGAGCUUUCUCAGAAGCCUAACAACUUUUACUUACAUCUCAUUGGCUAGACUGUCAUAUCUGCAAGGUUGCAUGAGAACUGUCGUUUUUGUAGCUGGACAUAUGACUGCCUUCGACAAAAAAUCUGAGGAGAUCUAAGGAAAAAAGAUCGAUGGUGGAUCUUUGGGGGAACGAACUAGCAAUCUGUGCCCUGGCUACAAAAUACAGUUUUAAAGGAAUAUAAUGAUUGAAAGAGAACAAAAUUGUAACUCAUUCACAAUUAAUAGUACUCCAAGCAACAUUGCUCUGCUCAGAGAGUGAGCAGAGUGAAGACAUCCUAGGUUGUUUUCUUGAAACACCUGCCAGGACUGGCUUUCCCAGCCAGCCAGUAUGGUUGCCCCACAUCAGGAUUUCCUAGAAGAGGACCCUGGGAACCUGUACACUUCCUUGAAGGACAUAAUCUAUAGAAGUUUGGAAUGGGAGAAAGAAUGCGCUACCUUGCUGCUUUCCCAUCUGCUUCAUGUAUCUCUAAUUUUCCUUACAGAUUUUUGGUAGCGUCUAGUUUGUGUUUGAUCCCUGGAAAGAGAUCAUCCCUUUCAUACAUAGGAGAAGGUAAUCUGUGUAAAGAAAGGCUACUUUACUCCCUUCUGUGACUCCACCACCCAUCUAGGAAUAUCCUGGGAGAAGAAUUGCUUCUCAAAGCUGAUUCCAUAAUCAGCCUACAUCCUGCCUAAGCAAAGGAAGAAGAAACACUUCCCACAUCCCAAGGCUGUCCAAAAGAACUUUCUGUGAUUUCUGUGAUGACAGAAAUGUUCUAUAUUUUCACUGUCCAAUAUGGUAGCCACUAGCCAUGUGUGUCUAGUGAAUGCUUGAAAUGUGGCUAGUGUGACCGAGGAAGUAAACUUUCAUUUUACUUAAUUUUAAAACAUUAAAAUGUUAAUAGCCAUAUGUGGCUAGUGGCUGUUGUGUUGUGCAGCACAGUACACAACCUUCUUUUUCUUGUGUUUUAUAACCACCUGGGAAGGGUUUGAGCUAGUCAUGUGCUUGAUGUUCCAUGGUCUUCAUUAUUCUACUUGGUCUUUGAACUUGUGUCCCAGGGAAAAGGAAAAAUGGAAUCUUGGAACUAAAUUCAAGAUGUUAACUUGACAUCUAUACAUUGUAUGUAUUUCUGUAUAAAUGGAAUGAUCUCCUGGGAAUAGGUCCUGUGAUUGAUUUUUGUGACAAUUGAUGAUGGAAAAAUGGUGGUUGUAUUGGUCCACUUAACAUUCCUAGUGAAUAUUAUGUGUUCCUAGUCAGAGUGAGUCAGCAGGAAUCAUUUUGCUCUGUUGCACUAUUCAUUCUGGUUUAUUUUUGUAAUAUUGUGGCUGCUAAAUGAUUAUUCCAUGUGUGUUUUUCAAAAUACUUAGUGGUUUAUAUUUUUUAAAAG